AUGAGUUUUCAGAGCAUCAACCCCAGAGUUGAUAAUCUGUCAAUUUAUACCGAACGUGAAAACUAUAAUGAGAAUAGUGCUCAGAUAAGGAGCCCUGCCAUUAAGCAAACUAAUACACCAACCUCGGUAUCCCGUCUGAAAUCAAAACACUCUCAUAAAAGAAGAGCAAGGCUACCUAUAAUCGUUGAUGUAGCUCUUGAUAGAAAUGGUAAACAAGUUUAUCAAGUUCACGAGACUACCAAAUUGGUACGACUGGAAAUGCCCAAAUCCCUAAGCUUUUCUUCCAACUACCAUGUGGGACAAGAUGGAACUGUCACUCAGCCUCAUGCUAUGCCUAAUGCUAUGCCAAAUACUAUGCCACAUUCUAUGCCACAUUCUAUGCCUCAUACCAUGCCUCAUACCAUGCCUAAUGCUAAUUUGCCAAAUACUGACCUACUUGCAGAUAAAAGCAGUGGCUUGCAACAUUAUAAGUCUCAACAACACACUUCAUCAUAUGCAGCUUCGCCUGCACAUACCCACCUUAUUGACGAUGACAUUUGGUCCCAGGAUGUUGAACGCGCAUUUGAGCAUGUCCUUCAGUUUAUACCCAAAAGCAACUCAAACAAGAUCAAGAUCGCUGGUAGAUCGUGUGGUCGAAAUGAAUUGAUUUCGGAUUAUAUUUAUGCUAAAACUGGGAAACGGAGAACUAAAAAACAAGUAUCGUCGCAUAUACAAGUCAUCAAGAAUUUGGGGCAAAAGACUUCCAUCAUACAAUUGAUAAAUGACGGGCCCACAUUUUCAAAUGAAGAAGAUAAGGAGAAGAUGAUGAAAAUUUUCGAAAAGGUGUUUACCAGGAUAUACCUCGAUAUGUCAAUUGGAGUUGAUGAUGUGCGAAGAGGAAGUUUGAUGGAUGAUGAACAAGAGGAUGAAGUUUCUAAAAGUCAACAGAGGCGCCGGAGAAGAAGGACAAAGAUGACAACGGCAACAACGGCAACAACGGCAACAACGGCGACAACGCUAACAGGCAAUAACAAUAGCGAUAUAGAUGCAUCGAAUAUUGUGGUAAAUCAAUUCGCAAUGUCGUUACAAAAAGAGCCUGAUCAUUCUAGUUGUUCACUAUUGACCAAGUUUACUUCACUUGCGACGGAUUUACCUAAAAAACAAUUCAAUCCCGAAAUUUUUGUAAAGUUCCCCGAUAUGCGCGAAUUUGUACACCGACCCAAUAUUGCAGUGAUCCAUAAUACCGUGAACCUUUUCAUUCCCGAAAUACCGACCGAUAAAGAAGUUGCCAGUCUCGACUCUAUGUAUGAACUUCGAAGCACACCAAAUACUAUUGAACUGGCCAAACUGACCAAACUGACCAAACUGUUCAACUCAUUUACUAGUAUUUACUCAUUUGGUAAGCCCGUUUUCAAGUUUGAAGAUUCCCAUUUCAAGCUUUAUGAAAAACGCAACUUUCUUCCUGAGUUUUGGAAGCCAUUUUUAUGCUCUUUAGCUGGUACCAGCUCGUCAAAUCUAGAUUUAAUUUUCAGCGGGUUAACGAUGAAACAAAUCAUUUACGAGUCAAAGGGCUUGAAGCAUGAACAUGACUCAAGUUACACCUCAAAAUCAAGGAUACGCGUCAUUUUACUUUGGGAAUUUAGUCGUGUGCAUAGACUCGAGGAUGGUUUUACUACUUCCAUUCCAAUCUUGUUAAAAACACCAGAUAUGCCAAGCUUAUUGAAUCCAGACAUAGGCGACGAAUUUCAAAGAAUUGAUAGAAACAUGGGCCGAGGAACUUUCGAGGCCACUAAUUUGCCUCUCUCCGUGACAGAUAAACCUAACAAUAACGAAAACAUUCUGCAAAGACAAGUAUCGGGUCCAGCUAUACCACCACCAUUACCACUAGGAGCAGCAACAGCAGCAACAGCAACAGCAACAGCAGCAACAGCAACAGCAACAGCAGCAACAACGAUUCCAGCUGCUCCUAUAGCUGCAUCAUCUUUAAGCUCGGCUCAUGUACCCAGCCAUCUACCUGCUUUUGUACCUGGCCAAGGUUUGGCUCUUGCUCGAGACCAAUCUGGGUAUGUGUGGAGGCAUCCUCUAACACAUCACCCUAACAGUCAACUCGUCAACCAAUCACUGAUCCAAAAUCAGUUUCAGUUUCUAUCGUCUCAACAACAAGGUUACCCACCAAAUGUCAACUAUGCUAAUCCAAAUAGUGGUCAAAUAGUUUACUUUGACCAUCCUCUGUCUAUGGAGACUCAUCAUACGUAUAGUGGUACCAAUUAUGUUCCCGAAGAACACUAUCAACCUACCGGCGAUGAGUAUCACCAUCAGUGA